AGUAUGGCCAGAUAGGGACAGGGACCCAUUCGUAAAUUCCGUAUAAACGUCGUUUCUGCGAACAUGCAGCGAUCACUUCGAAAUAGGCGGGAUCGUCCGCGGGCGGACCAACGCGAUGUCGACCCAGUACGUGAACCCUUCAUCCCGGCAUUGGCACCGGCCCCGCCGGCCAAUGCCCCAAUUCCGGCGGAACCAGUACCCAAUCCACCCGUUGUUCCACCGUGUCCGCCCGUUUUAGCACCCAUACUCCCCGCUCUACCGCCCGUUUUCGGUCCCCCUCCAGCAAGACAGAAAGACCCCCCUUUGUUCCGGGGAACGCGGGAAGAGGAUGUAGUCAGUUGGAUGUUCCGUUUCGUUCAAGUGGCCGACUACAACCAGUGGACUGCUGAGCAGCGGCUACGGAUUAUAGGCAUGAGCUUUGAGGGAGUGGCCCAAAAAUGGUAUUAUGGGUUGAUGCUUAGGGAAAGGCCCCCCGACACCUUCGAAGCGCUGCAAACUGAACUCUUCCGUGCGUUUAAACCAGUAAACUACGAGGACCAUUUGGAAAUUAGGCUUCGCUCGAGGCAACAAGGGGUAGCUGAACCGUUCACAGAUUACUUCCACGACGUUCUAUACAUGUGUUCCAGGAUUGAACCCAACAUGAGCGACCGAGUUAGAAUUCAACACCUAUACCGUGGGCUCCCACCAGCUACCGUUAGGGGAAUCUAUCGGUUCAUCACCCCGACAAGCACCACCGAAGAGUUUUUUCGAGAGGUACAGGUAUUUUUACAAGGGGAAGACAUGGCUUCGCGACGGGAAUCACUCUCUCUCCCCCAGACACCCGUAUUCCAAUUGCGAGAGGGAAGGCACCCCCAAACAGACAGUUCUCCCACCCAAGGACCAACUUCCCAUUCUAGUGGUUUUGUGACAAAGAGUGAUCUGGAAGCCUUCGGUCAAAACUUGCUGAGUAAAAUUCUACAAGAACGAUCUGAUGCCAGGCCGGAACGACGACGCUUGGAACCAAACGCAGAGAAAUGAAACCAGAGGUACUGUCGUGCAGGAUUGCAGAGCAAUCUGGUUUAAUGGCAGAGCCACUGGAACCAACGAGCAAGUAGUGAGAAGUAAGAGGCCGGCCGGCAAGAAAGAAAGGCGUGACAGAGCUCAGCCUGAACCCAUGGUUGCGCUCAGCGCGUUACUCAAAAUCCCGAGAACUAAGUUCAGCUUACGAAUAACUAUGUCCAAUGUUGCGUUAAAAAAAUAAAAAAACAAAAAAAAAAAAACAAAAAAAAAUAAACAAAACAAAAAAAACAAAAAAAAAAAAAAAAAAUUCUUGCAUACCGUUUACAUUGUUUUAACCAAGUCAAUGAUCGAGGUCGAUCAUUUUUCCCCGGUGGAGGUAAUUGUCACGUAUGGAUGACGUUUAUGGUGGAGGCUGUGAAUUGUAGCGAAUUCAUGUAAACGUUUUUGUCCGUUUGCCCUUGUAUUCCGAGAAAAAGAAGUGUUCCAACGUCGGGACGGAGACAAGCGAGCGGACUUCUUU